UGUGUAACCUGCAAACUUUUAUGUGAACACAGAAAUAAUGGAGUCUUUAGCCUGGUAAAGUUACAGUCUGCUCACUUGCAAGAACUUGAGCUUGAUGGGGCUGAGAUUACUGAUGCAAGUUUGUACAGUAUCUCGCAGUGUAUGGAUCUGCAACGCCUGGGAAUCUCGUUCUGCGAGUGCUUGACAGACCAGUCACUACAAUACUUGAAGAAUUGUCACAAUCUUGAACACCUACGAUUGCGGAAAGGCUCUGACUUCACUCAGGCCGGAUUGAGUGCAUUCUUCAAGUCAGGGACAUUAGCACAUCUUCGUACCCUUAAUCUGUCUGAGUGUACAGCUAUCAACGAUAAUGUGGUGUUGGAUAUUGUGCAGUGCUGUGGCUCCUGCCUGUAUGAGCUUGUACUGAGUUGGUGUUGGAACAUCUCUGACAUGGGACUGGUAUCCAUCAUGGAUCACUGCUGCAAAUUGAUGACUCUGGAUCUGCUAGGUAUUGACAGUGUCCUGGGUGAAUGCCUGGAGAGAAUUCCAGAGGACUUGCCAAAACUGACUUACUUAGACCUACGGCAAUGCAACAAGAUCGUUGAUAGCAUAAUAAUGGACGUGGUAAGAAGAAAGCCAGACCUGAAAGUGAUCAACUACUAUGGAGAGGAGUUUGUACAUUCAUGAACUCUGCACUGUGUUAAUGAACUUUGGACGACUUCACUUUUUCUUUUGUAUGACAAUUGGAUUAUUUAAUAUUUUGGGGAAAAAAAUCUGAAUUAUAUGUUAAAAAUAAUUAUUUUUGUUCUGGUGAGUGCGAAUUAAGUUAGUUUGUCAUUUAAUAUAUGCAUAUUAGGAAAAAAAUGGUUAUUUGAAUUAACUUACGAUAAAUAUACUCAACUCUUUCUUAACAACUGUCAACGCCUGUUGUGUCAUUACAAUGGAAAUUACCUCUCAAUGAUGAUUAUUGGCUUAAAAUGUAAAUUUGGUGUGUGCUUUUCAAAGCCUGUUUAUUGUUGGCUUAUACAAAAUAACAAUACAGCACAUAAAUGCAUAUCACAAGAUCGUGGACAUCUCUGCUUGAUGACAUUAUUUUUUGACGAUUCAAGUUAUAUUCAUUAGCUCUGGGUUUUCGGAGAAAACCCGGGGUAUUGUCAUAGCCAGCUUGUCGUUCACCAUCUGCCGUCCACGUUAUGCUAAAACCUUAACAUUUUGUUAAGGUUUUGAACAUUGGCUCUAAAAUCAAAAUGCAUCCACCUACAACUUUGAAACUUCAUAUGUAGAUGCACCUUGAUGAGUUCUACACGCCACACCCAUUUUGGGGUCACAGGUCAAAGAUCAAGGUCACUGUGGCCUCUAUCAAAAAAAUCUGACAGGCUUUCAUUUAUUCAAAACUGCACCCGUAGCCGAGCGUGGCACCCGUUAUGCGGUGCUCUUGUAUUUUUACUGUUUUUGUCAACAUUGUAUUUAUAUGCAUGCUUCAAAAUCAUGAUAAAAACUUAAACUUAAAAUAUAAAAGUGUUUUCUUUAC